GCCGGCUUCGGGAUAAGGGUAGCUGCGUGGAACGGCUGCGUGGCGAGAGCUGUGCGGUUCGUCUGCUGGUGCGCACAGUCGCGCGAACUCGCGCUCCAGACGGACGCUACCCCGGAUUGUCGUCGCGUGUAAUUUCCUUCCCAGGCAGGGAUGUCGGCCGUGAUGGGUCGACCUUGUCCUACAGAAAUUUUGUAACAAUAGAUUGGUCACGUUGUAACACUGAGUGGAAGUGAAAGUGAACCAUUGCGCCGCUUUUGUUUCAAGCAUCAACAAGGAUAGAGGAAGAAAAAAAAAAGGGCAAGCCACACCACGGUGCUCGCGUCACCGGGAGCUGCCAGGGCCGCGGCGUGACUGUAGCUAGACUUCGCCACGCCUUCCUCCUAAGCCUAAUGUGCGGAACUCCCACGCACGGAAUGGACUUCACGACGUCGUCGCACAGCCGCCGCCGCCGCCAGUUUGGGGCUUCCGACUUCGCCAUGGAGGCGUUCGCCUUCAUCUACAUCUUCGCGCAGUACACGUCGAUUAGCGUGUACAAACUGCUGCUGACGAUCUCGGAGUGCGUCUACCGCGGCGACCCCAGCUGGCCAGACGUCGUCGUCGCCAACUCGACGACGAAUGGCUCCGCGCAGCUCCUGGGCGAAUGCGUCGAUGCGGUGAUGAACGCCACUGGCGGGACGGAGCACCCACGCGUGCGGGACUUGGUCUUCAGCCUUCCGCUCGUCGAACUGGCCUGCUCUCUGCUCGUCUGCUUGAUGGUGGGCGGCUGGAGCGACGCCCACGGCCGGAAGCUGCACUUCAUACUCGCCAUGACGGGGGCCCUGAUCAAGGACCUGUCCGCGCUGGUCUUCGUGCUCGGCACGAUGCCCGGACGCAACGCCAUCUACGGAGUGACUAUUGUGUCGGGGCUCCUGGGGAGCCUCAACCUGUUCGCGGCCGGCGCCCUGUGUCACGUGAGCGACAACUCUGACCACAGGAGCCGCACGUUCCGCAUCGGGGCGCUCACGUUCGCGCUGUACGUGGGCAGCGCGGCAUCUGUGUUCGUCGAGAGGCUCUGGAAGCCGCUCGUCGCCUCCGACUCGUUCGUACGCAUCGCCGUGUCCGUGGUGGGCGCGCAGCUCGUGCUCGACAUGGUGUGCCUGGUGGGCGUGGCCAUGGUGGUGCGCGAGUCGCUGCGCGUCAUUCCCGGGUACCACGGGAACCCCCUGUGGAACUUCGUGGGCAUGCGCCAGGUCAAGGACGUCGCCAUGUUUGCGGCACGCAGGAGGCCCAGCAGGGCCAGACGCUUCAUACUCGUACUCGGCGCCGUGUUCCUGCUGGAACGUUUCGUGUACUGCGGCGAGCAGGCGGUGUGGGCCGAGUAUCUGUUCCGGCACUUCAGCUGGACACACCAGGCGUCGCUGAUGCUGGGCCUGCAGUUCGUGUGCGAGGCCAUGAUCACGAUGCUCGCCGUGUGGCUGGCGCGCAGCCUGGGCUUCCGGGACUCGUCGCUGGCCAUCGCUGGCGCCGUCUCCUUCAUGGGCGCGUCGGCCAUCAAGGCGAUCGCGCUCACCGGCGGAAUGCACGGCAUCGCUGUUAUCGUUGGCUCGCUGUCCCCCCUUAUCGGCGUCGCAGUGUUGGCUUUGCUGACGAAGCUGGUUCAACCUGAGGAAUUCGGCUCCCUGUUCGCCAACGUGGCCGUGCUCGGCAUCGUGGCGCCCCUGGCGGCCAGCGCGGCCUACUGGGAAGUGUUCGCGGCCACGAAAGCCAUGGUCAGCGAGUUCAUCUACCUGCUCUCCAUAUUCGUCGGCACCGUGCUCUGCCUGCUGCUAAUGUACGUCCGCCGAAACCUGCUCCUCGGAGGCCUGGGAAACUUGAUUAUUCAGGAAGAAAAAGUGCCGCUUCUAAGCCCUAGGCAGCGGGACUUCGGAGCCGCCAUCCUGUGAGGACGCAGCACUGGACAAGACGCGUCCACGCCGUGCAUUCUGAGAACAGCGCUUGCUACAUGUGUGUGUGUGUGCGCGCGCCUGCACUGUGACCGCAACGAUGGGAACAGCGGUUCAGGCUCCUGCAGCUGGCAGAUAAAGCUAUUAGGAGCCCAAAUACUCGGAAGACACACCGCUUAGUCAAGACGUGCCCCCAUCGUGUCUUCUGAGCACUGUUGCUUGCCACGCGAACGUGCAGACCACGUGGGUGCUUGUGCGCUUGCUUGUGCGUAUCUGUGAGCGGGACGCUGUCAGCGGUGGUUACGGCUGCUGCUAACGAAAACGAAAGACAGGAGAAAACAAAUUAUGUGCAUUGACCACCAUAUUCUGGGCCGGUAUUCACGGACGGUCACUUCUGGGGGACACUUUCACUUUCGCGAUAUUUCAGAUGACUACAGAGUCGAACGCAUCGGAUCGAAAGCAUUCUUGGUACAAUGCCAAGUAAGCAGGCUGCACGCCGACGCAACCUGCGCCAGUCGUGCGAAAUAUCGCGAAAGUGAAAGUAUUCCCCGAAAGUGAUCUUCUGAGAAUACAGGCCUUGAAACGUGGACUCCACUCGACACUCCACCUCAACUGGACUCGACACGAUAAUGAUGCUGAUGCUUACGAAUGAAUUCACCUUUGAAGCGAGACUAUACGGCAUAUGUACCACCACUCUCAAGCAAAUUAUUUGGGUCCUCGUGCAACUGUAAUGUCAUUAUGCAUGUUUUAUUCCCACUUCUUGUCUUUAAAAAGCGCAUUAUUACACUA